AUGGCCGGCAAGGGCUGGCAGGACCUGAAGCAGCAGGUGGAGGGGACUGCCCAGGAGGCAGUGACUGCGACGGGAGCAGCAGCCCAGCAAGUGGUGGAUCAGGCAGCAGAGGCUGGGCAGAAAGCCAUGGACCAGGCGGCUAAAGUGACCCAGGAGACGGCGGACAAGACGGCCAGCCAGGCCUCGGAGGCCUUCUCGGGCUUCGGGAAGAAGAUGGGUCUCCUGAAGUGA